UAUUAAAUUUACUAGUCUUUUCCAAGAUUUGCCUCAAGACGAAGAUCUGAUCUAUUGUGGACUUCUGCCUGCAGAAACCACAUUGAUAUCCCCCAAUUAUUUGUUCCACAUAUGGUCUCAAUCGCUCAUACACAAUAUUUGACAGUAUUUUAUAUGCCACAGUCAAUAGCGUUAUUGCUCGGUAGUUUAAAAUUGCGUUAUAAAACUAAUAUCUAAUUUUAUAAAAUCCUAAUGUGACAAGUCACGCAAUCUAUCCGGUCCGGUUUCGAUAUGUAAACAUUGAAUGACGUUUAAUAAACGUCAUUGUAUUUUGUUAUGUAUUUUUUAUAACAGCUCCAGAAUGACUGAAUCGAUUUAGCUAAUUUUGAUUUUAAAACAUUUGUAGAAGUCCAAAGAAGGUUUAAAAGGUGAGAAAAUGUGAUAAUUGUAAAGAAAAUACUAAAAACAACAAUGUUAUUGCCAUAUACACACAGUUACAUUAUACUGAUUUAGAUUUACGUCACUAAAACUGCUGCUAACUUCUGGUCUAUGUACUUUUUUACGUUUCCCGUGAAAUCAGUUCUUUUGGCACUGUGUUUGCUCUAAAUAUGGUAUUUAUUAUAAUAGGACUCAACGAUUCUUAUUUGUUUGGAACUGCAGUCAUAUGUCGUAUAAUCCGUGUAUAAAAUUAAUAUACACAGAUUAUACAACAUAUGAGAGAAGCUCGAAACAAAUGAGAAUCGUUGGAAAGCCCUAUUGUUUCACUAAAUUUAUAAUUAUUAAAAUGUAUUGCAUUAAUGCUCAAACUUGAAUUUUGAAUUUUAUUUAUUUAAUGUUAUAUUUAUUUUUAACGACCACAUUUUUACACACUUCCUAUACAACUAAUAAAAUUUGAUAUCUGAUGGGAUAUUGUAAAGAACUUCUUCCUUAGACUUCUAUGUACAGUCACAAUCACUGAAUAGUUUACACCCUUUAAUAUCCAGUGGCCAAUUUUUUGAGUUUUUACCUCGUUUAAACGCACCUUUUAGGUCAAAGUGACGUUACCAGUGGCGGACCCAGAAUAGGUUAAUUAAAAUUAGAAAAUCAAAAUAAAAUAAAUCUAUUUUACAAAAUUUAUCAAAACGGAAAGUAUAGAAAGGCAUUUUUUUUUAAAUAAUAUUGAGUUAAAAUUAUUGAGUUUGGCAAUUACUUUUGGUUUUGCGCUUGAUAUAAACGGCAUUUUGGACGCUUUUAAUAACUGCUUAUUUUAUUUUUAAAUACGGACUAAAAUUUUUGACAAGCAAUUUGACAUUUAGUUAAUCCGUACGACAUUGCGAUUUUACAGUAUUACAAUAUAAAAAAUAAAGGUGUAAACUAUUCAGUGAUUGUGACUGUACAUAUACUUCAAAAUCAAAAAUAGCCAAAUCAUUACAGUCCCUCUCGAGAUAUAAAAUAAAAAAAUAAGAGUCAGAAAAAAAUGGAGGCUAUCAGAUAAAAUUGGAGGGUGCCAGAAAAAAAUUGAGGGAAUCAGAAAAAAAUGGAGGGUGUCACAAAAAAUUGAGUGGAGUAACUGUAGAUGGCAAUUGAUUGUAUUCCCCGUCGUAUGGCGAAUUGUAUUGAUUUGCGUAUUGAUAUGCAGUAAACAUAUCAAUUAACACGUUGGCUACCUGUUGAUAACAGCCGCGUGACACACUGUAGUUGUCUCAAAUGAAUAGUAACGUGAGAUUCGUGGCCGUAGGGACCCACUUUUUUUAACAUUGCUGCAGCCAACUUGUUAAUAUACCGCUCUUAAUGGACUCUAUUCGGAUAGUUGUAUUUAAAAUUAAACAUUAUUGGUUUUUAAAAACAAUUAAAAGUUCCUAAUAUACUCACAAAAUGACUGAAAUUCUGCUUAUGUACAUUUAUAGAAUAUAUGCUCAAUAUGUUUAUUUGUAGUUUUUAUACUUGUCCAAUAACCGUAUACUAUUUUGUAUGUAUUUUAUUUAAUAAGCCAAUAUUUAUUUAUAAGAUUUUAAACAUACUACAAUAUUUUCUAAUAAUUGCGCAUUUUGUGUUUAUCCGUAUGUAGUUUGAAAAGAAGCUCAGAAAAUCAAAUUAUUAAUAAACACAUAGUGAUAUAUUUAUCUAAUAUUUUUCUUUAUAAUAUGAUGGAAGUAUCCGUUAUGUAAGUAUACAUUAUAAUAUUUUUAUUAUUUGAUAACAUUAUAAACAACAUUUUCUGCUUUUGUGAUGGAUCUAGGUUUUGUUUGGGUGGAUCUGAUGAGAGUAUAAGGGUAUGACGUUUUCGAAAUGAUAGACGAAAUAUAGAGUUGGUUGUUGAACUUCAUACAGCAAGACAACCAAGCAUUAUGAUAUGGGGUACUAUAUGUUUGGGAAGCAGAUCACCUCUAUUUUUUAUUAACGGCACUUUGACAGCUCGACGAUAUAUUGGCGAAGUACUGCAACCGAUUUGACAUCCCUAUCUACAAACCAUUCCAAAUGCGAUCUUUCAACAGAAUAACGCAAGACCUCAUAUUACCCGUGAAACCAUGGAUAUCAUACUAUAACGAUUGGAUGGACAAGAGGUCAUGGAGGCUGAACCAGAAGGAUCAGGACGAUAUUAUCCUUAGAUGGAAUUAGGAAUGACCGAAGAUGGAAAGGUCCAAUCUCUUACAUUGACGAUAACGUCGCCACGUUGCUCAGUCGGAAGAGAUGUGGGCGUGGUUCUUUGGGUUGGGCUUCUUUUGCAAUAAAAGAUGUUAAAUGAAUAAAUAAUGAUAUGCGAAUAGAGCUAAUGAAACGACGAUAGACAAAAGAUAAAUAGAUAACAUUAACUGAUGGUUUGACUCAUGGACUCUAUGAAAACGAAAAUACUGAAUACGCAAACGAAAAUAUUGGGCGCCUGGGAUUUUUACCUCUAAAUCCUCAAAGGAAUAAUUAACGAAACAUAACACAACAAUAGAAAAAUUAGCAACACUGCUACGACAAAACAACAAUGUUCUAGUCUUGAGCUGUAAAUAAAAAUUAAAUAAAAUGCAACAUUGUACACUCUAAUAAAACAUUUAUUAAAAUUCUCAAAACGAAAUCUUAAUAUUUACACAAUACGUACAUAAUAUGCAGUGUAAUAUCGCCAACAACAAAAUUAAGAAACCAAAAAAAUACCUAGGCAGUUAAUCUGUAAAACAAAAUGUUGAACGAAACAAUAACUGCCGAAUGUAAUUGUUAUCACUGCAUAUAAAUUGGUGUAUUCACCAACACAGUAAAACCAAAAAAAUGCGAAAUGUAAGUGAACGAAUGUAACUCUUAUUAACUUAAAAAAAGAACUGAAGUCACUCAAAAGAAUAAAAAAAUCGAUACUCUAGAUUAAAUCUAAAAAAUCUUAACGUUCACUUACAAUAAAAAAGGGAAAGAGCUGUUUGCUUAAAUUUUAAAUCUAAUACUUAAUAGUACUCCUAAUAUAAAUUUAUAUAAAAAAUCUGAAAAUGUUACGCAUAUUAAAUUCAAACUCAAAAUGUCUUUAUUUACAUGUUUAUCUACUUUGAAAUGAAAGGAUAGUCAAUAUUCACGUAAUCAAAUGAAACUGAAUGUCCCGAUAAGAAUUAACCCUUGUCACAAAAUAUACACUAAAAUAUUCACUAACCUCCCUCACUUUCAGAAACAGGUAAUGUUCGACCAUCUGGCAAGCCGCUGGCCUCUCAGAAACAUUAGGCCAUGUCCACACAUGGCAGAAAAGUGUCUGCAAAACAUAAAUCGGCACCAGCUUAGCCGGUACAGGUAACCAAAGGUAGCGUGACAAUAGGGCCCCCAAUGAAGCAAAACGGGGUGUAGAUCAGCGUAAUAGAAUAAGAGGAGUAGGUGGUAGAUCGAGAUGGAGUAUAAUGCGAACUUAUGUGGACGGUGGACCCUUUAAAAAAUAGAAAAACGCCAUUGUACAAUUGUACAUACCAAUAAACGAUAAUUUAUACUCUUACCUGCCUUAAAGGCGUGGCCCACGAUACGCGAUUACACUUGAUCUCAUUUAACGACUAACUCUAUUAACUCAACUCACUGCAACAAAGUUAACUCACGAAUGCCAAGAUUUCACAGAUUUCUGCUUAAAUAGGAACUGAUGGCUUGGGUACGCGACUUUAUCAACGGUCCUGAGGAAUAUGCAAAAAGGGCCUUAUUAACAUCGCGGCACACGCGUCAAAUGUCCCAGACCCUAAUUCUCAAAUUAGUUAUGACCAUUAGUGGAUUAAGUAUUAACGACUUAUUCUACCUAAAAGCUAUUAAAUCCUCGCAUUUUGCAUGAGAACGUUUCUAUCGAUAGGGCACAUGUGUUUCUAAAAAAAACACGCCGAUAGAGACUCUGAAAUCUACAGGCAGUUAAGUCAAAAACCGUGAAGCGAUGGGGACUGAAUCAAAAUCUACACUCAGAAAACUUAAACGUUACAGUACAAGAAUCUGGUAUAGACACUUUGGAGUGGCUAUCAAGAUCAGCUGAUUCACCCAUCGAAUGUGGGAUAUGGCAGGUCGAAACCUAAAUCGAUUGCCACGUCCUCCAACAAACUUAGAAGACCUGUUGCAUUCCGUAAGAAAAAUCUGGAUGAGUGUUUCGCAAUAUUUACAUAUUAGUAUUAUUAUAGUAUUUGCUCUUCUGGAUGUUGCAUUUUUUUGGCCAUCAGUAUAUAAAUUAUGUGUUACAUUCCGUAGUCUUUAAAUCUACUCAGCAAUCGAAAGCUGACAGUAGAGAAAAAUAACUAAUUUAUCUGCAGAUGGAAUUUGAUGUAAUAUAAGUUGAAGUGACUCAUUGAAAUAAACAAAGAAUAAUUGCCUUCUUCCUUGAUCACUUUUACCUGACAUUUCUUACUAAAUACAUAUGCUUAAGAGGACAAACAGAAGAUAAAUCAGCAAAAGACCAAUAACUGUAAGAGUAAUGUCUAGAAAUUGAGAAGUUGGAGCAUCAACAUGGGUAUCUUUUAUUUACUUACGAAGCUGAAAGUACUAUCGGUUAUAGUUUACAUAGUAUGAUUCGGCUUUUAUAUUCGUCUCCAAUAAAAUCACAUUCAUAAUAUCUUGCGAAAAACAUAAUUCAAGAGCUUCUUUUAUGGUCAAUUAUUGAGAACUAUAUCUAGUUAGUCUAGUAUACUCUCUUUCUCCUCGUAGUAAGUCGAACUUUUGCCCACACAAUACCAUCUUCAGACAUAUAAGAUGGAUUUUCAGUGGUAAUUACACGAGAGCUCUAAAAUUAUCGAUUUGUAUUCCGAGUGACACUUUGACAUAUUUAAUUUCACGACCUGAAGGGGAGUGAAAUUAUGUCAGUGUCACGAGGGCAAAACAAAUCGAUAGUUCAAGCUCGAGAGUAAUUCGGUAAGAUUAUUUCAUGAAUAAAACUGUCUUUUUAAUGACAGUUUUACAUUAUGCUAUUUUCAUGCUAGGCAAGAGCCAUGCAAGACGGAUCACGCUACUGCGCAUGCCCACGCGCUAUUUCCAUGCAAUUCCUGUGCUAGACGAAAAAUUAAAACUUGUUCUAUUUUUCAUGCUAUUUUGAUGCAAGUCCUGUCAAAAUUCAUGUCGCCAACCUAACAAAAUUUAUUACAGUUACAGACAGUAAGUAAACGUAAAACAAAAGCAUAACAACUUUAUCUUCGUCGUGACCGCCAACUUAGUCCACGUGGAUAGUGUUGUUUGUUUUUUGCAACUAUUUGUAUUUAUAAUAAUUGUGUAUUAUUUGAAUAAUAGAGACUAAAAUAAUUAUGUCUAAAGUUAAUCUUAAAACGACUGGUAAACAAAUAUGGACCAUGGAGUUAACCAAAUUAUUAUUAAUUUUGUAUGAAAAUUAUCCUUGCUUGUAUGAUAUUAGGUCAAGCAAAUAUCAUAACAAAGUUGAACGAAUCCAAGCAUUGGAAGAUAUUAAAAAUAAUUUAAUUGCCCACAAUAAUUCAAUAACAGUGGAUCUUAUCAAAAAGAAAAUACAUGGGAUUAGGUCCCAAUACUUUACAGAAGUAAAUAAAAUUAAAAAAUCAGAGGCAAGUGGGGCAACCACAGAUGACGUUUACGUACCAAAGCUCUGGUUUUUUGAAAUGGCAUCUUUUUUAAACGAAAGUACAAGCGUAACGUGCCAGGGUGAAUCGAAUUUGGAUGACCAUCUCUUUAAUGCUGUAGAGGGUGAGACCGAGGAAGCAGAUUUAAACUGCAGCUUACAGGAAGAUAUGUCCCAGUCAAGCUUUAGAGAUGACAUUGAGUAUUCUGACUAUGAAAAUAUUGAAGUAGUUUAUGAUGACCCAGGAGAGGGGCCUAGCAAUUCCUGUUCAUAUAUGGCUACUAAAGACAAUAGGUUCCAGGAUACACCAUCCAAAAAGUGUAAAGUAAAUGUUUCACAAACAAAAAGAAAACAUGAACACUUGGAUAACAUUUUGGUGGAAACCACAAAAGCAAUUAAGAACUUACAAGAGAACCCAAAACCUCCAGCAGAAGAAAGUGACCUAGUGUUAUUUGGCAGAUAUUUGGCAUCCGAAAUGGCCAAAUUAGAUGAGGACACUGCUGAUGAUUUGAAGGCAGUCAUUUUAAACGAAUUAUUUAAAGCAAAACGGAUUUCUAAAGAUAAAAAAGAAUAGUUUAGUUUUUUAUAUUUAUUUGUAUAUUUUGGUAUAAAUAAUAAUAAAUAAAUAAAAAUAUUUUAA